CUAGAGAACUGGGGCAUACGCAGUUGGUGGUACUUCCCUUCUUCCUCAGCCCUCACUCUUCUCUCGACGAGCUCCUCCUCUCUCUCUCUCUCUCUCUUCCUCUCUCUCUCGCCGUCGAUGGAGGUCCGGCGCUGAGUUCGAUCAUCGUGAUCGCGAUGAGGGGAUAAUAAAUGCCUUUUCAUUUUGGGCGAUACAACGGAUUGCGGUAGCACUGUGCUCUAUUAUUCAUGAGGCUUAUGUUGUAUUGACGCGGAGAAUUUCCUCAAUGGGGGGAGCUUGUUCUAGGAAGAGGAAUCAACAGGACGAUGAAGAUGUCCUGCACGGAGGUGUAUCUGGUAGAUAUUCCAAGAGUGCGAGUUCAAAGUGGCUGUUAACUUCAUUUUCUCGUUCCUUCAGUGAUACGCAGCAUGACAGAGGAAAAUGCCCGUCUCUUAUGGACUUAUGUGUCCAGAAGAUAACUGAGGAUAUUGGAAAGUAUGGGACCUUCUCAAUGCUACCAAGGGAUAUUACUCAGCUUAUCUUCAAUGAAUUGGUCUUUUCUCGGCGUCUGACCGAUGUUUCUCUCGAAGCAUUUCGAGAUUGUGCUCUCCAGGAUUUGCACUUGGGCGAGCUCCCUGGAGUCGAUGACAAGUGGUUGAAUGUCAUUUCUUCUCAAGGAUCAUCAUUGCUUUCUGUUGAUCUUUCUGGAUCUGAGGUUUCUGACAAUGGAGUAACUCUUCUAAAAGAUUGCGCAAACCUUCAAUCUUUGAAUUUUAAUUACUGUGACCGGAUAUCAGAUCGAGGAGUGCAACUCCUUAGUGGCCUCUCAAACUUGACUGCUCUAAGUUUUAGGAGAAAUGAUGCAAUUACAAGUCAGGGAAUGAGUGCCUUUGCUGGCUUAGUUAAUUUGGCGAAGUUGGAUUUGGAGAGAUGUCCAAAAAUUCAUGGUGGACUCAUUUAUCUUGAAGGUCUAUCGAAGUUAGAGUCCCUUAAUAUCAAGUGGUGCAAUUCAAUAACAGAUGCUGAUAUGAGGCCACUCUCUGGCCUUACAAACUUGAAAUCGUUGCAAGUUUCUUGCAGUAAGAUCACAGAUCAUGGGAUCAUGCAUCUUAAAGGCCUCCAUAAGCUUUCUAUAUUGAACUUGGAGGGAUGUCCUGUUACUGCAGCGUGUUUGGACUCCUUGGCAGCUCUCUCAGCCCUCUUAUAUCUGAAUCUUAACAGAUGCCGUCUCACUGAUGAGGGAUGUGGCAAGUUUUCCCGACUUGGUAAUUUGAAGGUGUUGAGCUUGGGUUUCAAUGAUAUCACAGAUGCUUGCUUGGUGCACCUGAGAGGGUUGAGAAAUUUGGAGAGCUUGAACUUAGAUUCUUGCAGAAUCGGUGAUGGAGGUCUGGUUAAUUUGGCAGACCUUAGGCGUUUGAAAUGCUUGGAGUUGUCCGAUACUGAGGUCGGGAGCAAUGGGCUCCAUCAUCUGUCAGGUCUGACCAAUCUAGAGAGCAUCAAUUUGUCCUUCACUGCAGUUACGGAUGGAGGUUUAAGAAAACUUUCUGGACUUUCUGCCCUUACAUCACUUAAUUUGGAUGCUCGCCAAAUCACGGACGCUGGACUUGCUGCCCUUACUGGUUUGACUGGAUUGACUCACCUCGAUCUUUUUGGAGCUCGCAUCACUGAUUCUGGAACCACCUACCUGCGAAACUUAAAGAAACUCCAGUCCCUGGAAAUAUGUGGUGGGGGAUUGACUGAUGCAGGCAUGAAGAAUAUCAAAGAUCUUUCUUCUCUCACUCUCCUAAACUUAUCGCAGAACUGCAAUUUGACGGACAAGACCCUGGAAUUGGUUUCUGGAUUGACUGGACUAGUGUCGUUGAAUGUGUCUAAUUCUCGCGUGACAAGUGCUGGACUGCGGCAUCUGAAGACACUGAAGAAUUUAAGGUCACUGACAUUGGAGAGUUGCAAGUUGACUGGGGUUGACAUCAAGAAGCUUCAAUCAACUGAUCUCCCCAACCUCGUAAGCUUCCGACCUGAAUAGCUCUCUUCCUUGUAGAUAAUUGCUGUGAAGUGGAAGGAUGAUGAUGUAAAUAUGGGAUUGUGAUACAUUGGUGGCGAGGGACCGCCAGGAAACUGUAAAUAUUUGCAGGCCGGAGUUGGACUCAUGCGUGGCUUGAGUACCUCAAGGCUUGUGUGGGAUGCUUCUAGGUUAUCUAUGCUCCACGUGAAGCUUUCUUUUGCACUACUAUGUUCCUGUGCGAAAGGAAAUGUAGAUAAGCUUCCUAAGCGUGGGUUUUUAACGCUCUUUCCAAGAGACGUUGUUAUGUGAUUAUCUGGUAUUAUUUCCUUAUGAAAACUGUUUAAAGAGCA